AGCAGAGCUGGGCGACCCUACAUUGGGUGGACAGGACUUGAUCCCAGGAUCUGUUACUUCUUUUCUCCUGAGCAGACGGAGUAAGAAUCGCAGCCAUGACGAAGAACUGCCAUAAUGACUAUAAAAUGAAGUUCUCGGUGGAUGAUGAGUAUCCAGAUCUGUCCCAGCACAAUAAUCACAUGGCUAAGGUGCUGAACAAGGAGAUCUAUGGCAAACUGAGAGGCAAGUCCACCCCCAGUGGCUUCACUCUGGAUGAUGUGAUCCAGACUGGAGUGGACAACCCUGGUCACCCCUUCAUCAUGACUGUGGGUUGCGUCGCUGGUGAUGAGGAGUCCUACGAGGUGUUCAAGGACCUGCUGGACCCCGUCAUCUCUGACCGUCAUGGUGGAUACAAACCCACCGACAAGCACAAGACCGACCUCAACUUCGAGAACCUGAAGGGCGGUGAUGACCUGGACCCCAACUAUGUGCUGUCCAGCCGUGUGCGUACUGGCCGCAGCAUCAAGGGUUUCACCCUGCCCCCCCACAACAGCCGUGGAGAGCGCAGAGGCAUCGAGAAGUUGUCCAUUGAGGCCCUGUCCAGCCUGGAGGGAGAGUUCAAGGGAAAGUACUACCCUCUGACCGGCAUGAGUGAUGCUGAGCAGGAGCAGCUCAUCGCUGACCACUUCCUGUUUGACAAGCCUGUGUCCCCCCUGCUGACCUGUGCUGGUAUGGCCCGUGACUGGCCCGAUGGCAGAGGCAUCUGGCACAAUGACAACAAGACCUUCUUGGUGUGGGUGAACGAGGAGGACCACCUGAGAGUCAUCUCCAUGCAGAAGGGCGGAAACAUGAAAGAGGUGUUCAGGCGCUUCUGCGUCGGUUUGCAGAAGAUUGAGGAAAUCUUCAAGAAGCACAACCAUGGCUUCAUGUGGAAUGAGCAUCUGGGCUACAUCCUGACUUGCCCCUCCAACCUGGGCACUGGCCUCCGCGGUGGCGUGCACGUCAAAUUGCCCAAGCUCAGCACACAUGCCAAGUUUGAGGAGAUCCUGACCAGACUGCGUCUGCAGAAGCGUGGCACAGGUGGUGUGGACACUGCCUCCGUGGGUGGAGUGUUCGACAUCUCCAAUGCUGACCGUCUGGGCUCCUCUGAGGUAGAGCAGGUGCAGCUCGUGGUGGAUGGAGUCAAGCUGAUGGUGGAGAUGGAGAAGAAGCUGGAGAAGGGAGAGUCCAUCGAUGGCAUGAUUCCCGCUCAGAAGUAAAGGACUGAGGUUUUUGUAUGAGGACACCUACAGUAGCCUCGCUGUAAACUUCUCUUCCUGGCUACUGCCUGUUUUCUUCUCAACCACUCUCUCUUCCUUUUUUCUACUCUGUCUUUCCUCUGUGGCCUGUUGUUAGUGCCAUCCUCUGUUACAUCCUGGGAUCAAUCCACACAGUCAAAUGGAGCCUGUGUCUGCACAACCCAGCAACAUACUGGCUGUAAAUGUAACUGGACGAUUAAAACAUGCCCCAUGGUA